AAUUCCUGGACAUCACCCCUGCCCCAAGCACGCAAUAAACACUGACAAGAAAAAGUUUUUAUUUCCUGGUUCAACUUUUUUUUUUCCUGGAAUAUAGACUGAAGAAUGGGAAUAAACACGAAUAAAUAGCAGAGCGGGGCUGCGCGCGCCGGGAUGCGCCGGGCUGCGGCCGCCGGGCUAUUGUCUCAGCGCCCUGAAGCCAGCCUGGCGUGGUCCCCCCGCUCCUUCCCGCCCCCCGUCCUUUUUGAUUUUCCUUUUUAAAAAGACGCCCCCUCCAGCCCCCUCGCCUGUGACCUUGGCCGCCUCGGAUGCUCUGAUUCCACGCGCCUUCCUCCAACUUGGCCCCCCGCCGGCCAGGCCCAUGGCCGCGUCCGAGGACCGGAGCGGCUGCCUCGUGUCGCGGGGCCGCUCGCAGAGUGACCCCAGCGUCCUCACCGAGUCCUCGGCCGCCUCCUCCGCGGACGCCGGGGAGAACCCAGAUGAGAUGGACCCGGCCCCCCCAGUGCGCUCUGAGUAUCUGGUCUCAGGGACCCGAACCCCCCCUGUGAGGAGGAACAGCAAACUGGCCACCCUGGGCAGGAUCUUCAAACCCUGGAAAUGGAGGAAGAAGAAAAACGAAAAGCUGAAGCAGACCACGUCCGGGGCCUGGCCUCCGGGAGAGGCUCCCAUGAGGCGCCUGCCCCCUGGCUGGGCUCUCAGUGGCGUGUUUGCCCCAGAGUCAGGGUCAGGAAGGGACCCCGAGACUGCCUCCGGCUUUGGCCCCACCGAGGCUGAGAAGCAGAGAGAGCGGGGGAAGUGGGGCAUUUCUUCCAGCCCCGGCGAGCCUCACGGUGGAAGGGACAAGGUGGGGGAGGCGCGGGCAGGACCAAGUAAGCUAGUGGCAGAGACCGUCACCACCAUGUGUCAAGUACGCGUCCGCCAGCCCGGAACAGCGUCCGAGAGCCUACAGUUCUGCACUCGAGCUUCCUGCCGUUGCCUGCCCCCGGGCGUGCGCUCCUGGCUGGCGUCUGGUCUUGGCCUGCGCUCGGGCGGGCCGGCAAACCAUCGCUGCAAGUAUGCUGAGAACAAAGCGUGCAGUCCUGACGGGGGCCCCCGAGCUGCACAGAGCGAGCCGUCCACCCCCAAGCAGGAGAUGCUGGUGUCCGAAGAAGCCCAGCCAGGGAGCCCGCCGGCCGCCGGGACAGCCCCGUCUUCCCUGGACGCGCCGCUGCCCUCGGACCCCCCUUCUGACGAUGCAGCCAAGAUGCCGUCAGCGUCCAGAGGCGAAGAAGCGGACGCCGCCGGCAGCCUCCCGCCCGCCACGGACGAGCCUCCUCAAGCCUUAGCUGGGUCUGACUCCCUGGACAGCCCUCCCGGAGCCCUGGAGAGAUCCGUGGGUCAGCUCCCCAGCCCCCCGCUCUUGCCCACCCCACCGCCCAAGGCAGGCUGCAAACCUACAAAAAAUGUCACAGGCCAGCCUGCACUCUUCCAAGCCUCUGGCGGGAAGAGCACUGACCCUCCCCUCCGAGGACAGCUCUCCACGCCCACGGGGUCUCCACACCUCGCCACUGUCCACCGGCCACUGCCUCCCAGCCGCGUCAUUGAGGAGCUGCACAGGGCGCUGGCCACCAAGCAUCGCCAGGACAGUUUUCAAGGACGGGAUGGCAAAGCGUCCCCGAAGAAGCGGGUGGACGUCCGCCUGUCGAGAACGUCCAGCGUGGAGCGGGCCAAGGAGAGGGAGGAGGCUUGGAGCUUUGACGGCGUCUCCGAGAGCAAGCGGACGGCGGCCAAGGGCUCGGAGGAGAACAAGGAGAACUUGAUCGUGAACUCCGAACUCAAGGAUGACCUGCUGGUGUAUCAGGACGAAGAGGCGCUGAAUGACUCCAUCAUCUCUGGAACGCUGCCCAGGAAAUGCAAGAAGGAGCUGCUGGCGGUGAAGUUGCGGAAUCGGCCCAGCAAGCAGGAGCUGGAGGACCGGAACAUCUUCCCCCGGAGGACUGACGAGGAGCGGCAGGAAAUCCGGCAGCAGAUUGAGAUGAAGCUCUCCAAACGGCUGAGCCAGAGACCUGCCGUGGAGGAGCUGGAGAGAAGGAACAUCCUGAAACAAAGGAAUGAUCAGACAGAGCAAGAAGAAAGAAGGGAAAUCAAGCAGAGAUUGACAAGAAAGCUUAAUCAGAGGCCCACGGUGGACGAGCUAAGGGACAGGAAGAUUCUGAUACGGUUCAGUGACUACGUGGAGGUGGCCAAAGCUCAGGACUACGACCGGCGAGCCGACAAGCCUUGGACGCGCCUGUCCGCGGCCGACAAGGCAGCCAUCCGUAAAGAGCUCAAUGAAUACAAAAGUAACGAGAUGGAGGUCCAUGCAUCAAGCAAGCAUUUGACAAGAUUCCACAGGCCAUAGAGAUUUUCUUCUGAGAAGAAUUUGUGUUUAAUUUUUGAUACCAACACUGAACAUUCAUCAGGGAACUUUCCUGAAGUUCAGCUCCAGACCCCCUGCUGCGUUAGCGCCGGGAGCGGGAUCACGCGGGCGCUGGUCUGGGCUGUGCUCACCUGCCCGGGGAGCAACCCCUCACUCUCUGCUGUCUGAGGGGUAGGAACUGUCGGACCAGUUGAGACCCAGAGUCGCUCGGCCAGAAGAAAACUGUCCUUUGCCUUUGAACCUUGUUUUGCAGCUCUGCGGUGCCGUGGAGGACAGGGGACGCGCAAGUGCAGGCGCCCUCCGGGCUCUGACGCGGGACCUGCGGCGCGGUGGCACUCAGUAUUCUGUUGGAAAGACAUUUUUAUUCUGAUCACAGUUAAUUUGAGAACUCUUUAAGUUCACGUUAUACAAAAUUAUUUACUGUAUUAUACUUUUCUUUUUUUUAUAUAAUGUCUAACAAAUACAGCUGCAACAUUUUGAUUCCUGUUAAUUUUGUUCUUUAAUUAAAUGACUACUUAUUGCAGGAAAUGAA